UCUAUACAGACAGUCCACCGCAAGGAACGGUCGCAUCUGCAUGCUCUUUUCCUUUGCGUCGAGCCGCGUCCUGCCCACGGCGGCGAUGCUGCCGUCCGAGGUGGGCAGGAUGCGUCGGCGGCGUCGCCAGCUGCUCACGCUGGGCUACUGCCUGAGCUGUCUUUGGAACCUUGCGUCGCCGUUGAAAGCGUGGGUCCUCACGCGCUACGGGUUUGCCGCGACCAACGACAUUCUGACGCUGACGCUGCAGUGGAACACGGUGCUCAACAGCCGCCUCUUGACACAGCUGUAUUUGGCGGCGGGUAUUCCGCUCUCGGGCCCGAUCGUGCCGACACGCUAUAUCAACGUGUUUUUGGACUUUGUCGUCGUGCCGCGCUCGCAGCUGCUCUGGGCCGCGUCGUUUGAGAACACGAAUGCGUCGUCCCAGCUCGACGUCGAGGGUGCGAGUUACCGCUGUCGUCUCAACGGGUCGGCGCAGCGAGCGCGGUUCGACAAGGACAUUGAUGCAUUUGCAUCGUCGGGGUUUCGGCUCUGGGGCAGUGAAGUCAUUACCAAGUUCGUUCCGCCCCAGAACGCGCCGACCAACCUCCAAGAGAUCACUGAGGGCGUGCUGUGUCUCCGCGGCAUCAAUCUCGAAGACUAUGUCAACCUUGUGGACCAGUCGCACCUCCAACCGUACACAAACGAGACGGACCUCGCCGCGAUCCAAGCGUGGCGUCACACGAUGUUCCCCGACCUCAACGCGUGCUUGGCACGACGGCGCGCGCUCAUAGCAUCCUCGACCUCGACUGCAGCUGCUCUCAAUCUGCUGGCCACCGAGCUCGCAAUCAACUACAGUGUCGGGCUUCUCAACGUCGCGGGCAGCGCCCAGCUGUACCGCCCGAUCACCUUCAACGACGGCUAUAUCGACUUGUCGGGAUCUCGGUCUGGCACUGUGACGUACCAGAUCAGCGGCCCAGACCCAAUGCACGCGCUCUCGGCGGGCUCGAGCUCUCUUGGCGUCAUGCUUGCUGCGCGCGAGACCGCGUGGUGGUGCUCGAUCCAGUAUGUUGAUUCCGUGACCAACCUCCCGAGCCCUAUCCAGUGCUUUGAGCGGUACAGCUCGACGCUUCCAAGCUUCUUUCUCGGCAAAUACCUCGACCAUAACACUGGCACGCGGUACCUUGACAACAAUGCCUUGACGAAAACGUCGUCGCGCGGCCAGCUCUCGAGCUACGACUAUAUUCGCCCAAACGUUGUACCGCUCGAGGCGAUAACGACAGUGCAGCCUGGCAACCUCACGGGCUGGAACGCUCUAUGGAAAGACCUAUUGCGCGCGGUGGACGCGAAUGUGGCGGCGUCGGACGGCCUCGAGGAGCUGUGCUUUGUCGGCGACGGCUGCUUUAGCGCGUGUGCCAACGCCAGCGCCAGCGGCGGCGCCACGCUCACGUACCGCCGCGGCAACACUUGCGUAGCGACCGCCGACACGAUCGCGCACGGCCUUGCAGAUGUGUUUGCAGACAUGGCCUGCUUUGCUCUAGGCCGCGGCUCCGACGCUGUUCUCAUCACAUCGAUUGGCAUUGAUGGGACGCGCAAGCAAGCGGUUGCCGCCAAGACGGCCAGCCCCACAGCCAUCUGGACGUGUCUCAUUGGCGGGCGCGCACCGCAGACGUCGUACCCGUCGCUGGUCGUCGAUCUCUUGAGCCAAGGCACGCAAGCAACGCUCGUGGUGGUCAAGUCGAAUGGCAGCGAAGCCACGAUUCUCAACUUUUUGUCGCUCCUCGCGCUCGGUGGCGACAUCUACUACAGCUUUGAAACCGGUCGCUACCUCUAUAAGCUCUAUACGUGGUUUGACGCGCACCGGCAGCUGCGCAUGCACGCGGCCCAGCGCGUCUUUAGCGUAGUCAAUUCGAGCGUGAGCGGCGCGAUCUGGGCCCGUCACCGUCUCUUCAUGCGCACGGCUACGUUUCUCGGUCUUUGCGCGUGGCACCUCGGCGCGAUGCAGAGCGAAUGUGCGUGGGCCGACACGAUCAACGACGUCAGUGUCGACGCGCAGUACGCCUGCCAUGUGAAAAUCUGGGGCCACGUAGCGUCCAACGCCGACAGACUCCGGUUGGUUUCGUGCUCGUGGAAUCUGUUUGCGAUGGCGUUUCUCGAUACGAUGCCCGGGAUUACUGUCAACGCGGCUGGGUACGCGCUGGCGUGGUUCUCGCUGGGGCUGCUGCCAUUGACGCUUCUUGCCGCGGGCGUCGCCCAAGUGUGCGCGUGGCGACUCGUGCUGCCGGGUCUCGCCUGGGUCCACAACCAGCUCUUCCUCGUGCUUUUGUGGGCGUUGGUGCUACGUUGCUUGCGUCAUCCAUCCGUGCAGCGAUGCCUGGUGCUGUGCAUCACACCGCUGCUCGAGGUCGUGCGCGUGCGGUCGCAGAAGCUCGAUAAAUCGAGUCCGUUCUUUGGCCUCAUUGGGCCAAGCUUUUGGAUCGACGUGGCCGAGUGGCGACCCGAGCCGACCAAAUACGUUCCAUUGAGCGUCCUCCUCGAGUGCUCCAACGUACGCAUUGCCAAUGUUGUUGCGCACGAGUACUUUGCGUGCGGCCUCUGCGAUGACGAACGCAGCGCGGGCUCCAUAGCUUCCAAUCAUCCGACUUGGCUACACGCAUCGAGCGAGUACUAUGUCUGCGUCCACGCAUGCGAACAAGCAUGCUACGUACGGUCAUGUAGCACCCCGGCCUGUCACGGGACCAAGACAUGACAGUAGCAGGUUUGUUUAAUAAAGGGCACUGUCAUGACCCGUAUC